AUGCUUGAUGCUUAUACAAAUCCAAUAUUUGUCUAUUACAACUUAUUUGACCUAUCAAGUAUAGCACAGUUUGCAGCUGUUGCUCCUUCUCCGUCGAAAGAUUUUCAUCACCUACUAAUAACAGCAGACGAAAUUAAAUGGAGAUGGUGGAAGAUAACAUCAAGAAAUGAUGGAGCAAAGUAUCAUCCAGGUGAAAGUGUUUCAACUUAUGAAGAAUUUGAACACGACGAUCAUAUGCAAAAUGAAAUACUCAGAGUUAUGGGUCAAGAAACACUAGACUAUUGUUUAAAUCUAUGCUCUGGAAAAUUGGACUACUUAGUCAGAUUACCAUAUGAAAUCUUAGCAAAAAUAAUCUCCUAUUUAAAUUUAGAAGAUGUAAUCAAUCUAGGAAUUACAUCAAAAUUUCUAAAUCAGAUGUGUAAUAGUGAGUCAUUAUGGCGGGAAAUUUAUAUCGGUACAACAUCAGUGCAACCAAGUGAAGCUAUUGAAGAUUUAGCUAAAUUAUUUGGAUGGAAGAAGUUAUUUUUCACCAGUAAAUUACAUCUUCAGGUACAAUUACGACGUCUUACUUUAGAAAAAAACAGUGAAAAUGGAGAUGGACAACUGAAUGUUCUACAUAAUACUCAGUUACAUUGAG